UAGCAACUUGCAGUCACAUGACUAAAUGGAAAUUGUGCAUAGUAUCGUUUGGCUUAUUCGAACGUUUUAUUUGAAUUGCUAUAAGAAGGUUAAGUGGGCCGUUCCAAAAUCAGCAAGGAGAACAGAGAUUAGGGCUAGGGUUUUAGCGCAGAAUGCAUGACAGAGUUUGAUUUGAUUUUGAUCCCAUCCGUAAUUCAGGUAACAAGUUAGUGUUGUGUUCACUUGAUUCUUUCAGUCGCAAAUCGCAAUGUUUCAUAUUCGCAUCAAAAUUAUUUCUCCAACCUCGCAAAAACUGGUUUCUUCGCUAGGUAGCAAUCCAUGGCUAUGGCUUGCUUCGAGACUCAUCUCAACCUCGUCUCCUUCUUCAGCCUCCAAAGGCAACUCUUUUGCAUUCUCUUACCUUACUCAUACUUGUGGGUUCUCACCAGAACGCGCUAUCACCAUUUCCAAGCGCCUCAAGUUAGAAACAAGUGAAAAACCAGACACAGUGAUUGAGUUCUUCAAGAACCAAGGUUUGUCCCAAACUAUGAUCUCGAAAGUCCUUCGAACUGUUCCAGACUUACUCUUAGUCAAACCCGAGAACACUUUGCAGCCAAAGUUUGAUUUUUUCAAGUCAAAAGGGUUUUCUGUCUCUGACAUUCACAGCAUCAUAUUAACAUCCCCUGAAAUUCUCAAAAAAAGCUUGAAUAAUGAGAUCAUUCCCGGCUUCAAUGUCUUUGAGAAUAUGUUUGAAUGUAAGCACAACUUCAUGAAAACUGUUGUAAGCUAUUCAGGCCUUCUACAUGUCUUUGCCAAACGUAUUGAACCUAAUAUCAAGCUGCUGAGAGAAGAGGGUGUUCCUGAAUCACACAUUGUUAGGUUGUUAGAAUACUUUGGCAAGACAAUGAAGGCAUGUCCUACGCGAUUUAAGAAGGCAGUGGAGGAAGUGAAGGAGAUGAAGACUGAUCCACUCAAGUUGCAAUUUGUUAUAUAUGUUCAUAUAAAGUUACAUCUGAGCAAAUCCACAUGGGAAAGAAAGAAAGGUAUAUAUAGAAAAUGGGGUUGGACCGAGGAUGAUAUUUCUAAAGCAUUUAGAACCCACCCGUUCUGUAUGUGCACUUCAGACAGUAAGAUUGAGGCGGUCAUGGAUUUUCUGGUGAACACAUUGGGCUGCAAAUCUUCUGACAUUAUCAGAUGUCCAUCACUGUUGACCAUGAGCUUGAGAAAGCGAAUUAUUCCAAGGGGCUCUGUUGUUAAAGCUUUGCUGUCGAAGGGUCUGAUUAAGAAGCUGAGCUGGACUGUAUUUCGGUAUAAUGAAUUGGAGUUCCUGGAUAAGUGUGUCCAUUGUUAUGACAAGGAAGCCAAUGAGCUAUUGAAGUUGUAUCGGGUUGUGUUUGCUGUGCCAUUUAAACAGGUAUGCUUGAUUAUGUGUUGAAAUCAUUUUAUUGGUUGCUUAAGUAUUUCGAAGAAAGAUAUUUAUCGUAAAAGGGGAUGCAAGUUUAAUCUAUAAUGACGUAGUUUCCCCAAAAUUUUCAGAUUUCUUGUUCAGUUAUUCAAUCAAAAGAAUAAUUAUAUCACAUCUUAUGUUUUGGUGAUUGGACUCGGUUAAUUAGACAAUUUCAGGGAUGGAUAACCUUGAAUGCCUUUUAGCACUGUAUUUUAUAUUUUUAUUGCUUUUGUUAAGUUACUAUCUAUGGUUAAACUUGCAGUAAUUUGUAGGUCACCAAAAAUCGAGAAAAAAAAUAUAACAACCGAGCAUAGAAUACAUUCUUGAUACAUUUGUCAACUGUCUUUCUUUCUAUGACAAUAUUGAACCCCACACUAUGUCCA